AUGGAAAUGGCAGAAGGGUCUCUUGAAUAUACACCCACAUGGGUCGUCGCGUUUAUCUGUUUCAUCAUCGUUCUCUUAUCUCUUCUCGCCGAACGUGGUCUACACCAUCUUGGAAAGUGUCUGAAGCGUAGGCGACAAGAUGCCUUGUUCGAGGCCUUGCAGAAACUUAAAGAAGAACUGAUGCUCCUCGGAUUUAUCUCCCUAAUGUUGACGGUAUCUCAGGCCGCAAUACGGCACAUAUGUGUCCCAGAAGCUCUUGUAAGCAACAUGUUCCCCUGUAAGAAGCCAUUGGAGAGUCAUCAUGCUCCACAAUCAUCUCAUUCGCUCAUCAUCAAUACACGACAUCUCCUUUCAACAGGACCAAGUCCAGACAAUUGGAAAGUAUCCGUGGAAGCAUUGCAUCAACUCCAUAUCUUCAUCUUCGUACUAGCGGUUUUUCACGUCAUCUUCUGUGCCUCAACCAUGGUUCUUGGUGGCGCCAGGAUACAACAAUGGAAGCAUUGGGAGGAUAGGUUCAAGAAACAUCCUUCUCAAAAAGGCACAACAAAUCGUGGUCAUGCUCAUGCUCACGCUCAUGCCAUUCACGAGUUAUUUAACGCAAAUCACGAGUUCUUUGAGAUGCAUGCUGGUGGAUUCUGGAGAAGAUCUGUUGUCAUCAGCUGGCUGAGAUCAUUCUUCAAGCAGUUCUAUGGUUCUGUAACCAAAUCAGAAUAUAUAGCUCUGCGACAAGGAUUCAUCAUGACUCAUUGCCGCACAAACCCAUCAUUUAAUUUUCACAAGUAUAUGCUAAGAACACUGGAAAUAGAUUUCAAGAAAGUUGUGAGCAUAAGCUGGUAUCUCUGGCUCUUCGUCGUCGUCUUUUUGCUGCUGAAUGUAGGAGGAUGGAAUACCUACUUCUGGUUGUCUUUCUUACCUUUGAUUCUGUUACUAAUGGUGGGUGCCAAAUUGGAAAAUAUAAUAAGUAGCUUAGCUCUGGAUGUUUGCGAGAAGCGAAACCGUUCCGAAGAAGCAGUCAUCGAACCUUCUGAUGAACUCUUUUGGUUCCAUAAACCAGAGAUUGUUCUCCAACUAAUCCACUUCAUUCUCUUUCAAAAUUCCUUUGAGAUCGCUUUCUUCUUUUGGAUCUUGUUCACAUACGGAAUACAUUCAUGUAUCAUGGAGAAACUAGGCUUCCUUAUUCCACGACUCGUCAUGGGAGUGUUAGUCCAAGUACUUUGCAGUUACAGCACAUUACCACUAUAUGCUCUUGUUACACAGAUGGGUAGCAAAUUCAAGAAAGGAAUAUUCGACGGAGUAGUACAGUCCACACUAGAAGUGUGGUUGGAAGAUACGAGGAACAAAGGUGAAUCCACGAGCCAGAGUCGUAGGAUGGAGAAACAACCUACGGUUCCUGAGUCUUUUAAUCUCCAAGUCAUUGAAUCAUGUGAAGAUCCUUAAGUUGCAACUUAUGUUCUAUUCAAUAAGAUUCGCCAAGUCAUUAAUUAAUCUGUGUCAUCUCUUAAUUAAUUCGUUUUGCUACAUUUAGAGCUCUCAUCGGAAGACUUCUGUUAUAUCAUCGACCCGCCAAUGUUGACCUGUUCGACUAACCCUCAAAAGUUUUAAAUAAACGUUUUAAUGGAGCUGUCAUUUAUAAAAUAAACAAAAUUUGUUAACAAAGUCAACAACGUUUAUAAUUCUGUGAACGUUCAUUAAAUACUUGUUGUAGAUUCAGGCA